UCGAAAGAAAAGCAUUAAUUUUGUAUUAUUAACGAAAAAGAAAAAAAAAAAGAGCAAAAGCAUGAAAUUUAACCAGGUUAAAAGAAUAAAAAUAAAAUUCUUCGAUACUCGAAUCGUUCUCCGAUUGAUCAAUUCAGCUCAAUUUGAAAAACGGUUGGAGUCCGCGUUGGGUUCUCGCACAUGAUCGCCGUCAAUCCUCCUCCUCCUCCGCCUCUCAAAUUCACAGCUCAGCGAUCCAAUUGUAACCCGAAUCCGACCCGAAUCCAUCACAAUCACCAUCAUCGCCAUCGUCAUCGCCGAUUUCCCGGUUGCUUCACCUUGAGCUCGCGGAGGCGAUCCGGUGACUUCAUGCUCCCCGUUGUUUGGAGCAACGCGCGGGAGUUCGUCCAGCGGUUGCGUGGUGGCCAUUUUUGGAUCCGAUUAGAAGAUGGCUUGACAGCCGAAGCCAGUAGUAGCAACGUCGGCGGUGGCGAGUAUGUUUAUGAAGAUGGGGCUGAACCUGACCAUCUUGUUAUUAUGGUCAAUGGAAUCAAUGGAAGUGAUGCAGAUUGGAGAUAUGCUCAAGAGCAGUUUGUCAAGAAUCUUCCUAAAAAAGUAUUUGUACACUGCAGUGCAUGUAAUUAUGCAAGAUUGACAUUUGAUGGUGUUGACACUAUGGGUGAGAGGCUCGCUGAAGAGGUAAGGUCUGUUGUCCGUGGAAAGCCUAAGAUGCAGAAAAUUUCCUUCGUAGCUCAUUCUUUAGGGGGCCUUGUAGCAAGGUAUGCUAUCGGAAGGUUGUAUAAAGAGCCUUCAGGUAUUAAUGGAAGUUGUUUAAAUGAAGAGAACACAAACAAUUCAAUGCAUGGCCUUGGUCAACAUUGUGGAGGUAAAAUUGCUGGGUUGGUGCCCAUGAACUUUGUAACAGUUGCAACUCCACAUCUUGGUUCAAAAGGACAUAAACAGCUACCCUUUCUUUGUGGUCUUUCUUUUCUUGAGAAAAGUGCGCCACAAACUGCGCACUUAAUUGUUGGGAGGUCAGGGAAACAUCUUUUCCUUACAGAUGAUGAAGAGGGAAAGCCCCUCUUACUAAGAAUGGUUAAUGACUCCGAUGACCUAAAAUUCAUAUCAGCAUUGCGUGCAUUUAAACGUCGCGUGGCAUAUGCAAAUGCAAAUUAUGAUCACAUGGUUGGUUGGAGAACAUCAUCCAUAAGGCGUCAAAGUGAACUUCCAAAGUCAAAUCAACUUGUGUCUGAUGAGAAGUAUCCACAUAUUGUACACAUUGAAUGUGGGAGUACAGAUGUGCAUAAGGAAGUGCCUUCAGAACAGAUGUUUGAUUGGGAAGAGGAGAUGAUCAGAGGCCUCACUAAAGUAUCUUGGGAGCGUGUAGAUGUUAGCUUCCAAAAGAGCAGACAAAGAUUUAUUGCUCACAAUACAAUCCAGGUGAAGAGGUAUUGGUUGAAUUCUGAUGGUGCAGAUGUGGUUUCCCAUAUUAUAGAUAACUUCCUUCUAGACUUAAAAUAAGUUUUUUUUUUAUGCAAUAAGUGAUGAAAAUGGCAGUUACAAAGGCUGCUUUUUCCUUAUCUAGAAAACCUUUCUUUUUUUACAUGGGUUGUAAUUUGUUAUGAGAAUGCUGUGUAGUAAUGUAGUAUAUUAAAUCUUAACAUAAAGACGGGAGAAUAUUUCAUAUUGCAACCUAUUGCUUAACACUUGUCAUGUGCAGAGUUUUGUUUGUAUUAGCUUUCCAGCCUGUAAACUUUUGUUAUUGAAGUAAUGGACAACCCUUCAGCUGAAAUGCAUAGUAUGCUGUUUCAUUA